UAUACAUACGCACGUCUGUGUCCCUCUACGUAAAACACCUACCCUGUGGUUAUAAUUCCAGAUAUUAUUUUUUUCCUUUUUUCUCUCUCUGUUUCACUUUGUAGCAUUUAUUCUCUCUUUCUCUCUCCCUUUCUAUCUCCCUCGUCUCCUUCGUUAGGGUUUAUUCACGGUAUUUAAUGCGGAUAAAGUGUAAAUUCUGCUUUAGAAAUUAGUGAAGGGAAUCCGUCGGGUCGAGUGUCAAGGGGAAGAGGAGGAAGAGGAUCUUGUAUAAAGUUUUUUCUCCUUUUCGUCCAAAAAGUUGCAGCAAGAUGUUCGGAAUAAAGGCCAGUCAGCAUGUGCUCAUGGUCUGGAGUGCGCCUGUGAAUGCAGAGGAAUUGCAGACAUUUGUUGGAGAGCUGAAGUCUGCUGUAGGGGACAAAGGAAAAGUAGCUGUCGAAAAUGCUGAUAUGCUAACAAGUUCCAACCACUCAGCAAGUUCGUUUGACCAUGUGUUAGUUGGUGUUCUUCCCCCGUUCACAUUCCAGUGCCCAGUAGACCUCUUGGGGGAAAUCUUACGCACCCUGAAGCCUAAGGGUUCAUUAACCAUGAGAACAACAGACGCUGCGAGCACGCAGUCAAAUUUAAAACUCGGUGGUUUCACCUCAGUGUCCGAACCAAGGAAUGCCAACCUUACAGACGAGCAGAAGCGAGAUGUUACUGUGCCUGUCUUUGAGGUCAUGUGUUUAAAGCCAGACUUCGAAGUUGGGUCUGCCAUGAAACUCUCCUUUGCAAAGCCACCAGCGAAGGCACCAGCAAAUACUUGGAACAUUGACCUAAAUGAUGAUGAUGUAGACCUGGCCGACCCUGAUGACUUGUUAACAGAGGAAGACUUGAUUCGACCUGACCCGACAAGCUUAAAAGUUUGUGGAACAACCGGGAAACGCAAGGCCUGCAAAAAUUGUGUGUGUGGGCUGAAGGAGGAGCUCGAUGCCGAGGAUAUGAAGAACAAGGAAUCAGCGAAGAAGGACUUUAAAUCAUCGUGUGGUAGCUGUUAUCUCGGAGAUGCUUUUAGGUGUGCCUCCUGCCCUUACCUUGGCAUGCCUGCAUUUAAACCCGGGGAAAAGGUAAAACUCGAAGAAAAGACGUUGCAGGAUAGUACCUAAGGCAUUGUAAUUUUACACUAAAAGUCCAGCAGUCUCGUGGGCUUGAUUGUAGAAAUGACAUUAAAGUAAUCGUAUAUAAACUAUAUUUUUUUUGCUAUUUAGUAUACAAAUAGACAGAAGUGGAAAAGGUUGUUUGUGGUCAUAGAAGUCUCUGAACUGGGUUGUAAAAAUUAUAUGAUAUUACAUAUUCAUGAUUAUUUUCUUUCUUUCUCUGUUUUUUGAGAUACAUUAUACAGAUGAAAUAAACUGGCGCAGGUAGCAAACUUAUUUGCAUUUACAGGAAUUCUUGGUGACCUCUUAUUACAUAACUAUUUAUCAGUUCUGCAUUUUAUUUGGUAUGUGUAAUGAAACAUUUGUUUGAAGUUUGAUGUAUUACUCUUCAGUCUAGAAAGUGAACAUGAACUUCGUGGGAUUGUGGUAUAUAAUCUUAUCAGUUUGUGUCGUUAGGUUGUUCCUUUUGCCACUGGUAAAGUAUGUUUCCUGUGUUAGGUUGAUAAUAAUUGCAUUGAAAAGUAAUUUUGAUGUAGGUCCCUCAAGAAAGGUUAGUGAGAUCAGACUUAAUUUAUACUCCAUACUAUCAUGGAAAAAUAUUUAUCAGCACCAUUGCUUAUAAUUUAUGAUGUGUUUCUACAAGAUUUUUUUUUUUUU